UGCAUGAGCUCUAGGCCAAAUUAACAUCUGUCUUUGGCUGUGUUCUCAAGAUGGAUUCGACAAAAAAGGUAUCAAAGCCCUGUUUAUAUCCAGAAAUUUGCCAGAUAUGGAUAUGUGUGUGAUGUGCAUACAUAAAGCGCACAUUUUUUUACCCUUUUAUUUUUCCCAAUAGGUCACAAAGAAACUUGCAGGUGCUGCUUCAGGAACAUCUGCCUGGUGCACAAAUUUCGGAAACGAACACGGCCAGUUCCUUGUCUCUGUGCUGACAGCUGCCGAGAGACAUGGACUGGACUCCAUGGCAGCUGGUCUGAUGAAACGAUACCGAGAGGCAGGAGAGGCAGCCCCAAAAGUGAUGUACGUGGACAGGGACUGCUGCAGUCAGUACGGCCAAUCGCGGGUGAAGAUCAUGUUUUCGGAGUGGGAUGAGCUUGUAGUGCGCCUCGACAUCUGGCACUUCAUGCGGCGAUUUGCUGCAGGUGUCACGACAGAGGCUCAUCCGCUCUACGGGAUCUUCAUGGCACGUCUGUCCACGUGCAUCUUUCAGUGGGAUCCAGAGGAUGUGGCUGCUCUUUGCUCCGCAAAAGAGGGUGACCUGGCGGCAAAGAAGACUGGCCACAUCUCAGAAAAGGCGGUCAGUGCUCGCAUUACCCGGAGGGAGUUGGCACUGCACUGCCGGAGGAGGACCAGGGGGGUGGAGGAGACCACCAGAUUGAUUAGGUCACUGAUUGAUCAGUUUGACAGUGCGGAUGGGAAGGACACCCUGGGAGUUCCUCUGCUGGACCACGAACAGAUCCAGCAGAUAUGGAAGGAACAGCGCAAGCACGUCCAGUGUAUCCAAGACCCAGAGGACUUUCCGCUGUACAUGAAGACAGGGACACUGAAGAAAGGCGGCGUGGAGCUGUGCUGCUACAGGUGUGCUCGUGGCUCUACCUCCUUGGAGUCAUUACACUUCCACCUGAACCGUUUUAUUCCAGGAACCAGUGCCAGCGAUGCGCAUUUUCAGGCUUAUCUCCUUGAGGGCUUGAUGCGUUGGAAUGAUGACCGAAUGGAAGACGCCAUAAAACGGGCGUCCUCCAUUCGGACAUAUGGCAGUGCCAUGAGCGAGGCUGUGGACUGGCUUAGCCGAACAGUCUUUGCGAAGCCCUGGGAUGAGCGCUAUCGCCCUCCUGGAGCAUAUACAGGUGAAUUGCUAGAAAUCGAGUACCUUUACAGCCAGACUGGCAAAACACUGACUCCAGUGCUCCAGAACCCAGAGGAGGAAGACCGGCUGGUGGAGGAGGUUGAUGAUCAUGACCUGCUAGAUGAGGGGUUUGAGGAAGAGAGCAUGGAGGACAUCACAGUUCCAGUGCUGUAUGAGGAUGACCCCUGCCUCAGAAACAGCCCCUCAUCUUUGCCUCUGCCUCAGUCCCCAGCAUCACUGGCUGAGCCGUCCACAUCAUCUGGAGGAGAGGGACAGCAUCUCGCCCCUGCCUCUUCAGUGCUGUCACAGCCAUCUGACAUUGGAAGCAGUGUCUCCAGCGAGGCUCAGGUACGACACUCUAUAUUCAGACAACUUUUCACCUCUUUUUCUCACACUGACUUAAAGUCUAAGGAAGCGGUUCUGAAUUCCAGUCCUCACUCCCCAAAGGUCUGCAUGUUUUGCAUGUCUCUCUUUGUUAGCACACCUGAUUCAGAUAAUCAGCUCAUUAGAAGUGAGCUCCACUGCGACUGACAUGGUCCCUACACAGUGUUCAUUGCUCCCCACUCCCUGAGCAGGGGA